CCGCUGCAGCCUUUCGAAUUAUGGCAGCUGCCGCAGCCGCGGGCGGAGCUGCAUCAGCCGCCGUCGCCAGCCAAGAACCUAUGAAGGCUCUCGGCACAGGCAUCCUCCGCCGCUCCGCGCCGCACUGGUCCACAGCCGCCGCUUCCUUCUUUUCCCCACCCUUCCGCCCCCGCCGCUGCCGUCGCGCGCCCGCUCCUGCAGCCGCCGCGCGUACCCCGCGGUCCCGCGCGAGUGCCAAGGCCCGGGCGAAGCUCCUGGCGGAGGUUGAGGCCCGGGACCCCUGGCUCGCCUCCCUCUCGCUGCUUCCGACCGACGACAUCCCCAGUGCUGACGCCACCACCAACGGGUGGGUGAUUGGGGUGGAUCCUGACAUUGGAGGCGCCAUCGCCGUCCUCUCGCCUGACGGCUCGUCUCAGGUGUUUGACAACCCGUUCGUGCACAUUGUGGUGUCAGAAGUCAUCCGUAAGCGACUGGACACCAAGUCAAUUAUCCAACUGCUCCGUGGCCUUGAUGCGCCUCCUGGAACUACGGCAUACAUUGAGAAGUCUAGCCCAUUUCCAACUGAUGGAAAGCAGGGAUGGUGGAGCACUGGUUUCUCAUAUGGCUUGUGGAUUGCUUCUCUAGUGGCUUCGGGGUUUUCGGUUGUCCCGAUUGCAUCUCAGACAUGGAAGGCUUACUUUGGGCUAAUGCGAAGUGAAACACCAAAGGAUGAUAGCAGACAAGCUGCUUCAAUUUUGUUCCCUGACAAAGAUCAGUCCUUGAAGUUGAAAAAACACCAUGGGCGAGCAGAGGCUCUUCUGUUAGCAGCCUAUGGGAAAGGCCUUGUGCUGCCAUCGGGGAAGUUCAGCAAAACCUCAGUUUGAUGUCUAUGGUGAUUGCAGAUUGACUUGCCAUUUUUUUGGGGGUAAACAGAGGCUCUUCUGUUAGCAGCCUAUGGGAAAGGCCUUGUACGAUGCCUAUGGUGAUUGCCGACUGACUUACCAUUUCCUGUAUUGAUGGUACUGCAAAUUUUCAUUUCGCUUAGGAGGCCCCAAUCAAGACAUUAAGGUUGAAUCUGCUGUAAGUUUGCAAACCGUAAUAGAGAUCAUAGCUAACCCAUCAUUUUUCGUGGAAUGCAUUACAGCAUUAGACAUUUCCCAUUGUGUCCUUAGUGUGGCAGGCUACCUAGAUGAAAUCUGGAUGUUGUAAACAUGUAAUGAUGGAAACUGGAAUGAACUGGUCGUCUUUUCGGUGAAAGUGGACUCGUUUGCUCA